AUGGAGAAAAAGGGGACUACGGAGGCAGAAAAGCCUCGGAACCCGUGCUCUAGGAUAAUAUUUUGGAUUUUCGCAGCUCUUGGAAUUUCUUUGCUCAUUUUACUAAUUCCGUUCAUGAUGUGGACCGUUUUAUCGUAUCAGGAUACUAUAAUCUCUUUAGAAUCCAGAGUUUACUCUCUAGAAAAACAAUGUGCUAAUUCCUUUUCUAAAUUGGAUAUUGAUAAUUAUCUGGAAACUAAAUUGGAAAAAUUAGUAAAUGAGCGAAUUUCCAAACUUUCCAAUCGGGAGAAAACAUGGCUUCAAAAAGAGCCAACCCCUAGAAUUCUUAAAAAACGAGCGACGGAGUGUCACUGCCCAGCAGAACUAGCUGGAUCUUCUUUAGAUGGUAUUGUUGGCAGUGGUGAAUCAUUAGAUUCUGGGCUCAAUGCAUCAUGUUGA